GGUGUGCUGUACGGACCAUCUCUGCCCUGCACAGGUGGGUUUAACAGACAGGUAGCCUAUAGGACAACACGAGCCACGUCUCAGCCAAUCACAAUCCAGAGUCCAGGUCCAUUGAAACUGCAGUGGUUUUAAACAGAUAACAGGUGCAAGCUGAGCUCUACACAGCUCAAUGUGUCUGCAGAAAUACCCCGAGACUGUAUCAGCCUCUAUCUGACCUAUUUUACACGGUUUCCUGUCAGGUGAAUCCAUUCUUAGUGUAUAAAAGUCGUUUUUAAACAAAGGUUUAAGAUGUUUUUCUCCGCCCUGCUCAUUCUUGCCAGUUGGGGUUUGUUGGGUUCAGUUUCGGGCUCUCCCGCUGUGGAGGCAGCGUACGGGGCUGUGGUCGGCGUCGUGUCUCCGGGACAGCAGCAUCUGAGCGGGGAGUCCCUGCGCUCCCUCUUUAAUACACUGGAGAAACGUGUGCAGUGCGGUGAAGUGUCGUGUGAAAAGUGUGAUCUGACAGAUGCCGUCCACCAGCUGAUCAGCAAUCAGUCCGUCCACAGCGUAAAAAAUCUAACCAUCAGCGUGUCUCAGUUCCCGGCUCUGGCUGCCGGAUGCGUCCUGUAUCUUUUAUCUCCCGGCCUGGUCUGCAACGCGACAAAGCAGGGGAGAUGGGGAGAGGAGGUCGAACAUUUCCUCCAUGAACUCACGCAUGGGGAACACCACGAACACCGGCACGAGGAGAGCGAGCCGCACCACGACCACGACCACAUAGACAUUGAUGGAUUAAAAGUGCUGAUUCAAGAGCUUCACGACCACUAUAAGCCCUCGGACAUUGAGAGCUGCGUAACAGCCAGUGACAUCAUGACAGAAGUCAACGCGUCAUCGCCAAACCAGAGACAGGAAGUGGGUGCAGUUUUUGGCCGCGUCCUGUAUCACGCCUUGCAAGGUCGAUGCUUCAUUAGCCGGCCGCUGCCUGAGGAGAGCUUCUUCCUGGACUACAUCCUGGACCGUCUGGGGUCGGAGAACUUCACUGUCCAGGAUUUGGAGGCUCUCAUGAGGACUCUGAGCCUCGGACCGGAGAGUCACCACGAGGACGGACAUGGACACGACCACCACGAGGACGAACACGCUGCUCAUGAUGAUAGGGGUUUGAGACGAAGGACGAGGAGCAGCCAUGAACUCCAUUUGGGGCAUGAAAGAAACAACACCUGGGAUCAGCUCUGUCUCUCGGCUGAAGAGCUGGUCCUGAUCUACGGUCUGGCAGGCAACAGCUCCGCCUCCUCCGGCCUGGGUCGGUCCGGCUUGGCUCAGCUCAGCCCUGCGCUCGUCCAGCAGAUCCUGAGCGGAGCCUGUACGGAGGUCACAGAGCCACAGAAACCAGACGGGCUUACUAAGGCUGAGAGAUACCUCUAUGCAACGCUUGCCAAUUUGGUGAUAACGCUGACAUCCAUGUUUGGCAUUGUGGUGCUCCUCUGUUCGUCCUGUACCAGCGUGUUCCAGCUGUGCAUCCAGUUCUGCAUCAGUCUGGCUGUAGGUUCGCUGACUGGAGAUGCCUUACUGCACCUGCUACCCAUGUUUCUAGGUUUACACGUGCACUCAGGUGACACCGGCGGCAACGACCAUUCACAUGACGGUUCCCAGGUAGAAGUUCCAGACUACAUUUACAAGAUGCUGGUGUUGAUCGCCGGGAUCUACUACUUUUAUCUGAUGGAAACAAUCUUCUCUCUGAUCACGUAUAAAGAUAAUCAUCACCAUCAUCAACAUCAUCAUGGGGAAGAGUCAGAGCCUCACCACUGUGACCAUGGGAGGGUUUUAGAAAUGUAUCAACAGGAAAGGAAACAAAAAGACAAGUCACAGUCAGGGUCAAAAGCAGAUCUGGUCGGCUACGAAGACAACGAGAAAUCCCUGUCAGAGCAAAAAGAACGCACCAGAGAACAGCGUCUGCUGCCUUAUAUGAUAACCAUCGGUGACGGGAUCCACAACUUUGCAGACGGCUUAGCGAUGGGCGCAGCUUUCUCCCUGUCAUGGAAGUCUGGUCUGGCCACAUCACUGGCUGUACUCUGCCACGAGCUACCGCAUGAACUGGGUGAUUUUGCCAUCUUGCUCCACAGCGGUGUGUCUGUCCGCAAGGCGUUGCUUUUAAACGUCGGCAGCGCCAUGACCUCGUUCGUCGGCCUGUAUGUCGCUCUGUCUGUCGCCACGGACCUCGCCACCAAACAGUGGAUAGCCGCCAUUACUGCGGGACUCUUCCUGUAUGUGGGGCUGGCUGAUAUGCUCCCCACUAUGGUCCACAUCAGCAACAAGAGACCCUGGUUGAUGUUUCUGCUGCAGAAUGUCGGCCUUCUGACCGGGUGGGGUAUUCUGUUGCUGCUGUCACUUUAUGAGGAGAGAAUCAGCUUUUAAAACCUGGACACACAUCGUUCUGGGUUCAUUUAUGGCCAUUUUCUGGUAAAUGACCUCGAUGAGACCCCCAGAGAUGAAAAGGGAAGAUGGUCCUUGUUCCCUCUAACAAAAGGGAUCCUUGAUCACAGAUGUGGUUAUUUAUUUAAUACUUCCUCCCUGUGAACUUUCCCGUAUAUUUCUAAAUAGCAAUAGGUUGCUGUUUAACUAAUAAUAUUAAUAUUAUUACACCACAAACUACAAGCAAGGGAGCUGACAGUCUGAACUGAACAUAGUAAUAUUUUAAAAAGGUAGCAUUUAUUACACAACUUUUGUAGUGAGGCUAUAUCAGAGUUUUUAAAAUAAAAUAAUCACUAAUGUCCUCACCUCAUCUUACCCUUUAUAGCUACACACGCACAAUCACACGCACGCACACGCACACACACAUUCAGCUGACCUUUUACCGACACGUUCAAGUUAUUUAAUAGUAACCAUCAGUAAAAGUGUGAGUUCACAUUGUCUCACGUGUUGUCGUUCCUCCUUGAAUUUCCUUGUAAUUUACAUGUAUUACAUGUAAUACAGCUUUGUACAGAGUUAUUUUUGUGCUUUUUAUUAAAAGUGUCUGUUGAUGAGAAACACAAAAUUUGUCAGGUGGAGAAAAUACAGUUUUGAGUUUAUAGUAUUUUGUUGAACUACAGAUCUCACCACACCAAUUAUGAUAAUGGUAAAUGUAUAAAAAUGUGUUUAAUAUAUGUUGCUAUAUUUUGU